AUGACUUCCUUCUGCUCCACUUGCAUCCUCUUAUCAUUAAUGUUGUUAAACGGAGUUCGAAGUGAAAUUCAAUCGGAAAACGCAACCGAAAAUUCCACCAGUGAUCGUGGUGAAUACAAGAAAUCUCUUUUUGAGAACUGCGGUUCCGGUUUUUCCCUUAGGUGCAUGAAAUUGGAUUUAGUGUCAUGGGUGGACAAGUUAAGUCAAGAAAACGAAUACCACUUAAUACCAGGUGUCUCUUUGGUUCGAGAUAUUGAUAGUCCCCGUUCAAACACUGCAGAAUUGGUAGCAGAAAUGGCUAAGAGUUUCCCGAAUGAUCCCGAUACAAGAUUAAACGUGGCUCUCUUCAAGAAGAUAUCUGGAUUUUUAAACAGCCACUCCAUCAAGGUCAAAUUAUUCGCAGACGACGAACAAGUAAAAGGUCGCGGCAAAGGUGAUGGUCUUGGCUUAGGAGGCGGCUCAAGUAAGAAAGGAAACGGACUGGGAAUCCUUAUUGCCGGUGCUGCCAUGCUGAAAGGUACACUGCUCGCAAUUGCCCUGGGUACCUUAGCCGCCCUCGCUGGUAAAGCUUUAAUGACAGGGGUCAUUGCUCUUGUUCUGUCGUCCAUUAUUGGUCUCAAAUCACUUACUCAUAAAGGAGGAAAAACUACAUACGAAGUUCUUUCCAAGCCUAUUUAUAGUCAUGAGAAGACCCACUCAGUUUCUCAUGAAGAUUACCAUGAUAAUCAUGGGCAUUACGGAAGAAGCUUUGAAAACCUUCCUUUACCUCUUAGUCUCCAACCUGGCUAUUCACCCUAG